AUGACUCCAACAUGGACCUACGAGUGUCCAGUUCAUAUAGAGACUCUUGUAUCUGGAGCCGAAUCAAUCAGGUUUAGGGCCGAGCAGCCGCAGCUACCCCUGCAUACGAUGCAACAAGUUCACGAUGUCCUCGUCAAUUGCAGCAGUUUAAAGAGUCUUAAACUCCGCGUCACUUUCCUGGGAUGUACAGAUCAGCCAGAUCGAUAUAACUUUCCAUUUGAAUUCCCCAGAGGCUCUCACUACCCAUCCAAGCUGGAGAUUCUUCAUCUAGAUGGAUAUGAUUUCGAAGACCGUGAAUGGAUGAAGGUUCAACCGCCCAAGGCUUCAUCUUUCUACAGUCUCAUUAUGCCACGAUGGAUUACAGAAUUUCAUGACUGGUACAGGUCUAAUAGGGCAACAAAGUAUUACGAAUGGAAAGAACUUCCAGACCACCAAAAGCAUAAAUCAAAUCUUGACCUCUGGAUCGAGGCAAUGGACUUCUCUCACAUCCAGGAGCUGGGUUUGCGAACCAUCAGAGGUGCAGGACUUGUCACCAUCCGACUUCCUCCACUUCUCAAGUCGCUCAAAUCGUUGGUUAUUCGGGGUCAUUGGGCGCGAGAUUUCAUUCUUGCUCUGCCUGGGAACACCUUGAAGGACUUAUCAUGGGUUUCUAGCUGUAAUUGCGAAAGCCAAUCCGUGAUCGAUGUCAUUCGCCACCACGGGCAGUCUCUUAAAAGCCUCGAGAGGCGGCAACCCGAAACCUCAUAUGAGCGGCGCAAGGUUUUUACACCAGAACAGCUCAUAACUCUAAGCAACAUAGCCCCGAAUCUGGAAACCCUGUCCAUCGACCUCAACCGUGAUGGCGCUUGGCCAGUGCAAGAACUGAAGACCAUUGCUCAAAAUUUCCCCAAUCUAACUCACUUGAAGCUCUAUCUAGAGCUCGAAAGCGAGGCUCGCCGACAACGGGAAUCUUUCAAAUGGUCCGAAGGAUGGAUGGGCCUCAGUCUGGACGACCCCCCCUAUAUAGACAAUAUGGCACGCCCUCUCUUGGACAAAGAAAGCGCCAUGAAAAUAUUCAAGCUUCUUUCGGAUGAAAAGAUUGGGAAAGAAUUUAACGAGGUGAACUUUUUUGCUGGUGACUGGGAAAGAAAAAGCGAUAUUGGAAUGUAUGAGGCUGAUUGGCUUGAGUAUAGAAAUUCUUGGGCUACCUGUAAAGUUAGUAUGGAAAACUUUCAGGGAGGUGCGCAAAAAAGUGUAACGUGCGAAGGUAAGGACACAAAGGUCAUUGCCAGCGACAAUUCAUGGAUGUAUGAGCCAUCUCACGUCACCGCGCCACAUCAAGAUGGCUUGGAAGACGCAGAAAUAGAAGAGGAACUAAGGCGUCUGCAAGAGGAGAUGGCAAUGUAA